AUGGCGAUCCAACCAGAGGCUUAUAUGUCCUCAUGGCAACAAGCCUACAAUAGUAAGAAUAUUCGAGCGACGCUUGUAACGCAGACGGUGAUCUCAACAGCUGCUGAUGCCAGUCAUGGAAUGCAAGUCGCAGACCGACAUACACAUGUCUGGCUACACGCAGUCUUGGACUUGAACGAUCUUCGCUUGGCUAACCAGUACAUUAGAAAGACCAUAGGAGGGAAGCAACAAGUCUCGGCUCCUCCUCCUGACGAUUUGUUCCAAUACAUUAUCGCCUUUGGGCAAGCCAUACAAGGAAAACGAUCUAUGCUCGCACGAGCUGAACAGUGGUGCGAGGUGCGAAGCGUUUCUGUCUGUGUUCCAAGAGAGCCUUUAGUGGGUCAAGGCGCCUCCUCCGCGGAGAGCACCGUCAAGAUGUAUGCGAGGUUGCAGUUAUGCAAAGAGCAAAGCAGUUGA